AUGGCUUAUAUGCUUAUAUUACAGGAGCUCAUGAGCAUCCGAGAAAGACUGGAGUUCAUCACCCCAUUACUGGAACCUCGACUGCAGCCGCCAGCACGACGUGACGAUACCUCUCCACAGAAUUGUCCACCUCUCAUCCUCAAGUCUCCUCAUCUCAUGCAGGUUUUUGGCUUACCGUCGGAUCUAGCAUCCAGUUUGUACCGCUUAGAAACCGCAGUUCCCCGAAUGCUCGCGUCUGCGACAGAAUCACCGUGUGUCUUCAACAAUGAAGAUCAACAAACCAAAGAUCACUCAGCUUACCUUACCAUCAGUAUCUUCCGCCGGUUUCAGGAUCAGGUUCAUCAGUGGUACCCCAUCCUACAUUCUGAUUUCACGCUCCAUUUCUGCGAGUCCAAUGCCGCCGGCUUUCCUUACUCUACAAUAUCUUGCCUAUCGCUCCUCGUUGAAGCGAUUGCGAGUAUAGUCAAUGAUCGACCUCACUCUUCACACUAUGAAGCUGCCUUGUCCAUGAUACCAAUAGCGAUCCAGGAAUGCAGUAUUACAACACCCAGUGAGACAUCCAUGCAUUUGAAUUUACCACGCUUCGGCGAAACGCUACGCGGCGGGUUGACAACUACUCCAUUGCCCACAAGCACAUACGUGUGGGAUCAUUUCGGUGAUUCGAAUACGCCCUCGCGCUCCUCUUUGUCCGGAAUUUUUCAAAAUAGCGAAGCUUAUUCACCAAAUGAGACGCUGCAGUCACCGUUCAACUUUUGUACCGAAGUAAAUUUACAACAAGUGCUGAAUGGCUAUGCUAGCUCAGCAACAGAUGUGCUGAGUGCAUAUGACGACGGCUCUCCCCAUACGGAGUGGAAGGCAAAUUCAAGCCGCUCACUGGACUCUUUACCUGAUACGUUCUCUCAGGACAAUGGCUUCGAGUCUCAUAACAUUAACAGUCCUAUUUGCCGAGCUAAGUACCAUAUGUAUGAGGUGUCAAUCUACUGGCCGGUGAUCUACCGUAUCAUACUUGAUGGAAUCGCAGACACCGAGUUACUACCAUACGGCCCCUUGUUUUUUGAAUCGGUGACCAGCUUCCUUAGUGCAGCUAAGAUCGCCCUUCAGGCAUGUUUGCCGAAGUCCUGGUUCCUGUGCGCAAGUAUAUACACGAUUUCCUUUGCCGCAAUCAGAGCUUUAGAAGUGCGGUGUCUUCGGUUACUCGCAGAGCCACGGCUUUGGCAAUAUCUCGAGGCUUCUGUGGAUGCUCUGCAUGGGCCAAGUGAGCUUAGUCCAUCCAUACAGGAUAUGCGCGAGACUUUGAAAGAUCGAUUGGAAAUGGCCAAGGAUCAGAAGAGCGGUUAA